GCUGUUCGCGCUGGGCAGGAGCGGCCUGUUGUAUCCAUGUUUCGGUUAUCGCUGGAUGAACUUGCCCAUCGAGCACAGCGGUGUUUGGAGAGAGAUGAUCCCCAUGCCGUAGAUCAAGUUAUAUCCCUUCAUUACGAUGCGCUAGGAUACUACAGCGGGACGCCUGAUCAACGAGGGCUAUUGCUGUGUAACCUGGGUUCUAUGCUGUCGAUCCGCUUCCAGCGCCAAGGCAAUAGCCACGACCUCGACAAGGCCAUCGCGCUUCAAAGCGAAGCGCUGGCUUUGCGCCCUGUCGGUCACCCAAAUCGUGUUUCGUUAUUAGUCAACCUUGGACUCCGUCUCUCUGAUUGCUUCGAGCACCGAGGCAAUGGGCAAGACCUGGAUAAGGCUAUCGUGCUUCUUCGUGAAGCGUUAGCUUUGUGUUUUGCCGGUCACCCAGAUCGGUACACGUCAUUGAAUAUCCUUGCUAUCAUGCUCUGGACCCGCUUCGAGCACCGAGGCAAUGUCCAAGACAUGGAUGAGGCUAUCGUGCUUCAGAGAGAAGCACUGGCUUUGCGCCCUGUUGGUCUCCCAGAUCGGUCCUGGUCAUUAAAUUACCUUGCAAUUAAACUCGUUACCCGCUUCGAGCGCCGAGGCAAUGUCCGAGACUUGGAUGAGGCUAUCGUGCUUCAGAGAGAAGCGCUGGCUUUGCGCCCUGCAGGUCUCCCGGAUCGGUCUGGGUCAUUACAUAACCUUGCAAAUCAACUCGUCACCCGCUUCAAGCGCCGAGGCAAUGUCCAAGACUUGGACGAGGCUAUCGUUCUUCGCCGCGAAACACUGGCUUUGCACCCCGUCGGUCACUCACAUCGGUCCUCAUCAUUAGAUGCUCUUGCUACUGUACUCUCUACCCGCUUCGAGCACCGAGGCAAUUACCAAGACUUGGAUGAGGCUAUCGUGCUUCAGAGGGAAGCGCUGGCUUUGCGCCGGGUCGGCCACCCAGCUCGGACCUCGUCAUUAGAUAACCUCGGCAUUGUGCUCGCCAUCCGCUUCCAGCACCGAGGGAAUGACCAAGACUUGGAUGAGGCUAUUGUGCUUCAAAAGGAAGCAUUGGCUUUGCGCCCCGUCGGUCGCCCAGAUCGGUCUGGGUCAUUAAACAACCUUGGGAACAUUCUCUCCACCCGCUUCAAGCACAGGGGCAAUGACCAAGAUUUGGAUGAGGCUAUCGUGCUUCACAGUGAAGCGCUGGCUUUGCGCCCCGUUGGUCACCCAUAUCGGUCCUCGUCAUUAGAUAACCUGGGUAAUGUGCUCUCCACCCGCUUCAAGCACCGAGGCAAUGACCGAGACUUGGAUGAGGCUAUUGUACUUCACAGCGAAGCAUUGGCUUUGCUCCCCGUCGGUCACCCAUAUCACUCCUCGUCAUUAGAUCACCUCGGUAAUGUGCUCUCUGCCCGCUUCAAGCACCGAGGCAAGGACCAAGACUUAGAUGAGGCUAUUUUGUUUCAUAAGAAAGCCCUGGCUUUGCGCCCCGUUGGUCACCCAGCUCGCUCCAUAUCAUCAAAUAGCCUUGCGAAUCGACUCUGCACCCGCUUCGAGCGCCGAGCUAAUGACCAAGACUUGGAUGAUGCUAUCAUGCUUCAUAGCGAAGUAUUGGCUUUGCACCCCGUCGGUCACCCAGAUCGGUACUCGUCAUUAAAUAACCUCGGUACUGUGCUCUCCAUCCGCUUCGAGCACCGAGGCAAUGACCAAGACUUGGAUGAGGUUAUUUUACUUCAGAGGGAAGCGCUGGCACUCUGCCCUGUCGGUCACUCAGGUCGGUCCGGGUCAUUAAACAACCUUGCAAGUCGACUCUGCACCCGCUACGGGCACCGAGGCAAUGACCAAGACUUGCAUGAGGCUAUUUUGCUUCAGAGGGAAGCACUGGUUUUGAACCCCGUCGGUCACGCAGAUCGGUCCUCGUCAUUAAAUAACCUUGCGAAUCUUCUCUCCCGCCUCGAGCACCAAGGCAAUGUCCAAGACUUGGAUGAGGCUAUUUUACUUCAGAGAGAAGCUCUGGUGUUGCGCCCAGUUGGUCAUCCAGGUCGUUCCAGGUCAUUAGGUAACCUCGCGAUUCGACUCUCCACCCGCUUUGAGCACCAAGGCAAUGACCAAGACUUAGAUGAGGCUAUUGUGCUUCAGAGGGAAGUGCUGGAUUUGCGUCCGGUCGAUCACCCAGGUCGGUCCACGUCAUUAAACAACCUUGGGAACUUUCUCUCCACCCGCUUCAAGCACCGACGCAAUGCCCAAGACCUCAACGAGUCACUAGACAAUCUCCGCUGUGCAUUGACUCCAUUGAUGCAACACGAUCCUCGUCAAUCAAGGUUCUAUUGGUCACUAGCUAACGCCUAUCUGCUGUUCCAUCAAUCAGGACUUGAUGUCAUUGGCGAAGAUACUGACAGUCUGAAUGCCGUCAUGCAUCAUCUCAAGGCAGCAGCAAAUGCUGUCUCUGGUGGUUUGCUAUUUCGCCUACAAGCAAGUCUCAGCUGGGUUGAACAUGCUGAUCACCAUGCGCAUGACACUAUACUGGAGGCUUAUGCAACUUCCAUAGAACUUCUGGACACUUACAUGUCUGCGACAGCUUCAGUGUCAUCUCGCCAUGAUACCAUGAAGCUCUUCCCGCGCACACUUGUAGUUGAUGCUGCAUCAUGUGCUCUUCAUCGCGGCAACGUGCGCCGCGCUGUAGAGUUGCUAGAACAAGGCAGGACUCUCAUCUGGACCCAGAUGGCACGAUUCCGCACGCCUCUUGAUGGCCUUCAGGAAUGCGGCGAUCAUGCAGAGGCUUUGGUGAAGAGAUUCCGAGACCUCAGCUCCCUCCUCGACAAACCUCCUGCGAAUGAUUCAGAAGGGACGCCAAGCGUUGACGUAGAAGCAGAAGCUACGCAAUACAGACGUCUAGUGAAGGACUGGAAUACAAGUGUAGAAGAGAUCCAGAAGGUCGACGGCUUCUCUCGCUUCCUGCUCCCCCCCUCAUUCUCAAAUCUCCAAGAUGCUGCUCGUGAUGGACCCAUCAUUAUUCUCCUUGCAAGUAAGUCAUCUUGCGAUGCGAUCAUUGUCUCAUACCAGGAACCUCCGGUCAGUGUGGAACUCGCUAUCAAUGUAGAAAACCUUGUGCGAUUAGCAAACGCGCUGCAACGGACGGUGAAAAACGAUGCCAGCCCUAAGGAGAAACAAGCAAAGCUGAUACAGGCUUUGAGGGAGCUGUGGGUCAAGGUGGUGCACCCUGUGGUUGAAAAGCUAGACAGCAUUGGAGAGCCAACGUCGCGAAUAUGGUGGUGCCCAACCUCAUUCUUCAACUUCCUGCCUUUGCACGCCGCUGGUGAAUAUAGGUCCGGUGGCAAGUCCCUUUCGCGGCUAUACAUUUCCUCCUACACCCCAUCGCUUACCGCGCUGAUCAAGGCUCGCAGAAGGCAUGACAGGUCCCUGACUGUGUCCUUCGCGGCCAUUGGUCAGAACCACCCACCAACACAUUCAUUUCCUUUGGAAUUUGUCGAGGCUGAACUGGACUUGGUGCAGAGUCUCUUACCCCCUUCCCCAACCGUUUCCUUCACCAAAGUCACAAGUGUUGAAUCAACAAAAUCGACCGUCCUACACACAUUGCGUAAUAACCAUUGGAUUCAUUUGGCCUGUCACGGGACACAAAACUUUGUGGAACCCUUCAAGUCGGCAUUUCUCAUGCGCGACCAACCACUUCAACUUCUAGAUAUCAGCCAUAUGGAUCUGUCUCGGCAUGAAUUUGCAUUUCUUUCGGCUUGCGAGACUGCAGUCGGCGACGCCGAAACUCCUGACGAAGUCAUUCACUUGGCGGCUGGCCUACAAUUUUCUGGGGUGAGGAGUGUCAUUGGUACAUUUUGGAAUGUUGAUGAUUGUACCGUGGAACGCUUGGUCAAAGCAUUCUACAAGAAUUUGUGCGGGGAUGGCAAGAUGAAUUCCAAAAGAGCUGCCCGAGCGCUGCACAAGGCAGUUCAGUCGUUGGCUUCUGAUAAAGACGUACCCCUGGACCAGCGCAUUGUGUUCAUGCAUAUCGGCGUAUGACCAAUUUCCAUCCAGUUGUAGUUGUACGCACAUUG